CUCCACCUGAGCUUAAAAGCAGCACCUGUAUUUAAAGGAAAUCUUUGGAGUUUUCUUUCGAGUUUUCACCGAUGGAUCGCUCAGUCCUCCGGAAUCUGGCUUUCAGUCCACCUGUUGUGGACUCUUUAUCUGAUGCGCAAACUCAGAGACACACUGUGAACAACCUGAAAUUCAUCUGUGAGUUCAACAAUGAGCCGGGUCCACAGGAGGCGUCUGGCAAAGAGGAUUCCAACUUAAACAUCGCGAGUGAGCCCGUGUCUGUCAUACUCCCUGACCAGUGCACUGUCCAUCAGCUGCGGCUUGCCAUCGGCAUGCAGGCACGGGAACGACAUUGCCACUUAGAUCCACUUGCAGUGUUGGACCCGGAGCGAUACACUCUGCUAUAUGCCAGAGGGGAUGACUGGUACGAGGCCUACGAUGACUGUCAGGUCAUCAGGACGUUGGACAUUCCAUGGGCCUGUGACCACACUGGCCGUCGUUCGGCGCGCAUCGUGGUAAAACCGCUGAUGGCGUUCAAGUCGGAGGACAAGAAGGAACAGCAGAGGGUUCUGGCAUACCUGAUUGGACACGACCUGGAGAGCGAAGCGUCCGACAGACUCAGCGAGCUCAAGUUCACCAGGAGGAAACUGGCAUCUUCAAGAAAACAAGAGUUAAGGGUCCGGGACGACGAGUUAUACGCCACAGAGCCUUGGAUAACAAGUGCUGCCAUUCCAAAGGACCUCCAGGGCCAGCUCAACAGAAAGCUCCCGGUCACCUUCCAUUACAUGAGCAAGAUCAGCUUUAGCAUUGAAGUUGACUUUAGUGCAACGCCAAGGGUUCUUCUCACAUUUAUUGGAAGGGUGAUGGCAGACCAGGGCCUUGAAUAUGACACUUUGGACCGAUUGGUGUUGAAAGUCUGCGGGAGGGAAGAGUUUUUAUCUGGAGAACACCCCCUGAGCGAUUUCCUGUGGGUUCGACAGUGCUUGAAAAGCAACCAAGACCUCCACCUCUCCGUGGUCCACCUGUCGCAGCUCGCUGACGAGGCUGUCAAGUUCGUGGACUGGCCUCUUGUUGACGCUUCCAGUGGUCAGUUCUGCUCCCACGACGAUCUCCGCCUCGAAGGGAAGGAUUUGGACGACAUCUUCAUGAUAUCCUUGUGGGAUUGCAACAGGCGGCUCCGAGUGAAAUUGCUUGGCUUCGACAUCCCAAACCUUCCAAGCAAAUGCCCCCAGUCUGUUUAUGUGAAAGCCUCCAUACUUUACGGUAACAAGAUUCUAUCUUCGGUUUCCUCCCUUCCCAAGGCUUUCGAAGAUGAAGUGCUGUGGAAUGAGUGGCUGGAAUUUGAUGUUCUCCUCAGGGAUCUGCCACGUGGAGCCAAGCUAGCUUUCACUAUUAAUGAUAGUAAUGGUGACAACCCACCAGAAACCAAAGACUCUAAGGUGUCAUCGUCUUCAUUCACUAAAGCCACGGACCUACAUAAAGGAAUGGGAAACGUGCUUUACUUUGUCAAUCUUCUCCUCAUUGACCACAGGUCGUUGCUCAGCCAGGGCCCUUACACCAUGCACAUGUGGUCCUACCCUGACGUGGAAGCCAUCACCUACGAGGCCGACAAGCUGUCGUCUGCCACUAACCCAAACAUAGCAGACUCCAUGGCUAUCAGCUUCCUUCUCGAUCGCUACAGCUUCCCUGUGGUUCUACCGAACAGCUUCGGCAUGUCUGAACGCUCCUGCAGUCCUCCCUCCAGCCUCCCUCCGACCAAAUCUUCCACCUCCUCUAAUGCUGUCUACACCACCUCACCUGCUUUGAAAUUACCCGGCACAAUUUCUUCUUCUCUAGAUGCGAAACAUCGCCAGGGCUCAUCGACAAACACUGUAACUCUCAGAUCCCCAUCUUCAGUCACCAACACCAGCAUGUCUUGCCUCAAAAGAUUCCGGGAGGAGAGCAUCCGCUACGCCUCCAAUUUACCCCAAUAUCUGCGCAAAGUCGAUUGGAUGGACCGCAGUGGGGUCGAGGAUGUCCACUGGCUACUGGGAAAAUGGGAUCCUGGGGAUUUGGAUGUGACGGUAGCACUUGAGCUGCUGAGCAUGGAUUUUUCUGACAGGAUGGUCCGGAGACUAGCAGUGCAGAGAUUGGAGGGCCUGUCCAAUGACGAUGUGUUAAUGUAUUUGCUGCAGCUGGUGCAGACCCUCAAAGUGGAACCUUACCAUGACAGUUUCCUCGCUCGGUACCUCAUCCAAAGAGCUCUGCAGAGCAAGAGAAUCGGCCACUUCUUCUUCUGGUACAUCCGCAGUGAGGUGGCAGGGGGUCCGUACUUCCGCCAGCGCAUGGCCGUGAUUCUGGAGGCCUACCUGCUGGGCUGUGGUCAGGCCAUGCUCGACAGCUUCACCCAGCAGGUCCAGGCUGUGGAGGCCCUGCAGAAGGUCGCGAUCACCAUUAAAGAUUUCUACCCUGACAAGACCGACCUUCCUCCUACAGCUCCUCUGAAGCUCCAACAGCUUUUAAAACAAAGUAAUCUGCCGAAUGAAUUCCUGCUGCCCUUUGACCCCCGGAUUAAAGUCGGAAGGAUCCUGCUGGACAAAUGCAAGGUGAUGGCCUCCAAGAAGAAGCCUCUAUGGCUGGAGUUCUCUCCCAUGCCGUCACCCACCUCCGCCACACCAGUGGGAAUAAUCUUCAAAGAGGGGGACGACCUCAGACAAGACAUGCUGGUCAUUCAGUCGCUGGUGGUGAUGGACUCUAUCUGGCAGAAGAAAGCUCUGGACCUUAACCUUGUUCCGUAUGGCUGCAUCUCCACAGGACACAACAUUGGUAUGAUUGAGAUUGUAAGGAAUGCUGUGACCAUCGCUGCUGUCCAGUGGAGCCAAGGAGGCACCUCAGCAGCCUUCAAGAACGAUGCUCUGUUUGAGUGGCUGAAGUCCAAAGGUCCACUUCAGGAAAUACACUACAAGACCGUGGAGAGAUUUGUGCAGUCCUGUGCGGGCUACUGCGUGGCCACAUAUGUGUUGGGUAUAGGAGAUCGACACAAUGACAACAUCAUGAUCACAGACCAAGGGAACCUGUUUCACAUCGACUUCGGUCACAUCCUGGGUAACAGGAAGUACUUCCUUGGCAUGAGUAGGGAGCGUGUACCAUUCGUCCUCACGCCUGACUUCCUGCAUGUCAUGGGUGGGGGCAAAGGCCACAACAGCCUCUACUUUCAGCGGUUCAGGGACAUUUGCACCGAAGCAUACCUCUCCCUGCGCUCGCACUCUCGAAGGCUGGUCACCCUUUUCUCCCUCAUGCUGUUGACGGGCAUCCCUGAGCUCAGCUGUGCAGAGGACAUGCGUUACCUGCGGGUGGCGCUCCAGGAGGAACAAAGUGAGGCAGAGGCCAAGGAGCAUUUCCUCAAGCAAAUCGCUCUGUGUGAAGAAAAGGGCUGGACUGUGCAGACCAACUGGUGGUUUCACAUGAUGGCAGGCAUCAAGUAGGUUGUUGGGAUUUGA